AUGUCAUUAACCUUGGUACAGUACAGUACGGAAAGCUACUCGUACGUAGCACGUUGUCUACUCGGUCCUCAGACUACACAUUUCACAACAACGCCCACCGAAUUUGUGGUAAUUCGGUCGAAGGGGCAGCUUCUCCUCGGCAGGAAAUCAGCUCAACAGUUUGGAGUACUGCGGUUGAAACCUGAGCGACCGCACACCGCACACACGGUCAACACGUCUGGUGAUCAGUUCCGGGUCGACAUCGAACAGCGAUACCCGCAGCUCUUUCACGGUGUCGGCAAGCUGGAUGGCUACCAAGCGCAUAUUCACAUUGAUCCGCAGGUCAGACCAGUCGCACAAAAGCCACGACGGAUUCCUUUCGCACUUAGAAAGCCUGUUUCGGACAGAUUGGAAGAACUCCUUACGAAGGACAUUAUCGAGAAAGUCGACGGUCCUACGUCAUGGGUUAGUCCAGUUGUCGUCGCGCCGAAGGCGUCCGGAGAAAUACGCCUAUGUGUUGACAUGCGCCGUGCGAACGAGGCAAUUAUCCGUGAACGUUACCCAAUUCCAACGGUUGAUGAAAUUCUACAAGCACUGAACGGCAGCACUGUCUUUUCAAAGCUUGAUCUUCGAUGGGGAUUUCACCAGGUCGAGCUUGACGAGGCGUCACGUGAUAUCACUACAUUCGCUGUCAACGACGGUCUCUACCGCUACAAACGCAUGAUGUUUGGCAUCACAUCGGCGCCAGAGAAGUACCAACACAUUGUCAGCCAACUUUUGACCGAUUGUCCGGGUGCACUGAAUAUUGCGGACGAUCUCAUUGUCUACGGGCCAGACCAAGGGACACAUGACGCUAACCUGUUCCGAGUACUCGAUCGCCUUCGAGAAUGUGGUCUCACCCUCAACCUACAGAAGUGUUGGUUUCGCAGAACUAAAGUCGAGUUUUAUGGCCUACAGCUGUCAGGACAGGGAGUAGAGCCAUCCAAGGACAAAAUUCAGGCAAUCAUCGAUGCACCACGCCCAAGUACCGCAGCAGAACUACGCAGCUUUCUUGGGAUCGUGGGAUUCAGCGCUCGAUUCCUACCCGACCUCUCCACGACUGCAGAGCCUCUACGCCGAAUCACACACAGAAACAAUUCCUUCACGUGGACCGACGAGCAAGAGCGAGCUUUCACGAAACUAAAGAAACAGCUUGCUAAAGCCACCGCACUCGCGUACUUCGACCACACUGCACGUACACAGGUCAUCGCAGACGCCAGCCCUGUUGGUCUCGGAGCAGUUCUCGUACAACAACAACCUAACGGUUCGUCUCGUGCAAUCUGCUAUGCCAGCCGCACGCUCACCAGUGUCGAACGCCGCUACAGUCAGACGGAGAAGGAAGCUUUAGGUCUUGUUUGGGCUUGUGAACGUUUUCACCAGUACCUGUACGGCACAACUUUUGACCUUGUCACCGAUCACAAACCUCUCCAAGUGAUAUACUCUCAAUCGUCAAAGCCAUCUGCACGCAUCGAACGAUGGGUUCUUCGACUCCAGGCGUACACUUUCAAAGUAAAGUACGUCACCGGACCAAACAACAUUGCUGACGCCUUGUCACGUUUACCGACCACCAGGAUCGACGACGCAGUGGACACAGGUGAUACUGAAGAGUCAGUCCACAUAGUUACGCAGUGUACCGCUCCGUGUGCUAUAGCAAUAAAGGACAUUGAAACCGCUUCAGCUAGUGAUGAUGAGCUACAGACCAUCCGCCGAUGCAUAAGCACCAACGACUGGACACAUCUCCCUCACAAGUUCAUGCCGGUUCGCCACGAACUUACAGCUAUCGGUCAAGUCGUUCUUCGCGGUACCAGGAUAGUACCUCCUUCAUGCUACCGUGACCGCAUCCUGGAGUUAGCUCAUGAAGGCCAUCAAGGAAUAGUAAAGACGAAGGAACGCCUCCGCACUAAAGUAUGGUGGCCUGGUAUCGACCGACAAGCGGAAAUGACGUGUAAAACUUGUAUCAGUUGUCAAGCCGUCAGUCAGCCGCUUCCUCCAGCUCCAGUCAAAUCAACGGCACUACCACAAGGACCGUGGGAAGACCUAGCCACAGAUUUGCUGGGACCUCUACCGACAGGAGAAACGCUACUCGUCACCGUAGACUACUACAGCCGCUACUUCGAGGUUGACAUUCUACGGUCUACUACCGCGCAGUCCGUCAUCAACCGUCUCAAUGUUCAUUUUGCACGGUACGGUAUCCCGCGAAGCAUUCGCACCGACAACGGACCGCAGUUCAUUGCUUCCGAGUUCACUGCUUUCCUCAACGAGCUAGGAAUCCAGCAUCGCCGGAACACACCUCUUUGGCCACGGGCAAAUGGAGAAGUAGAACGACAGAACCGUACUCUGUUGAAGGCCAUCAAGGUCGCGAAUCUUGAACAGAAACCAUGGCGAGUGGAGUUACAAAGAUUUCUACUAGCCUACCGGUCUACACCUCAUUCAACAACAGGUGUCAGUCCCGCCGAGCUACUCUUUCGCCGUCCAAUGCGCAGCAAGCUACCCGCUAUCACGGAUACGGUAAGUGAUGACGUAUCUGUUCGUGAUCGUGACUCUGCACGUAAGCAAACCACGAAAGAUUAUGCUGACCAGUCGAGUCGUGCCCUGGACCAUCCUGUCACAGAGGGAGACAGAGUUCUUGUCAGAAAUACGACUCCUGCGAAUAAGCUCAGUCCUACUUUCUUGCCGGAUCCGUACACAGUUGUUUCUCGUCACGGGGAUCAGCUUGUCCUCGAAUCUCCGGGAAAAGUCAAGGUUAAACGCAACGUCCAGCUGACGAAGCCGGUAUGCGAAAGGAAGGAAAGAGAUGAGGACGUUGAGAUAUCAGCAGGCAGCAGUGAAAGUGCAAACACCGACAGCAACACCCAGGCAGAUACUGGAGACCAAGCUGCAGCCACGACCCCGACACAAGACAUGUCUGAGCCAGCGACACAACAAUCAGAACGACCGAAGCGAACUAUAGUCCCUCCUGCGCGAUUUAAAUCGUUUGUGACUUCGUUUCGUUAGUUUGUAUACGUUCAAUUUGUUCUCCGUAUUGUUUAUCUAAAGGAAGGGAGGGAAAUGUAGUGUUUGAGGUCAGUUAAUGUCAUUAAGUGAGGACACGCCCUUGCGGCUACUACUAUCUAUUACUUAGGUUUCUAGCCCUGCCACUUGUAUUCAGUUCUGUUCUAGCCUUGGUACAGUACAGUACGGAAAGCUACUCGUA